GUCCCGAGGCUCCUCCCUCCGCUUCCCCCUGCCGGCAGGGUGUCCCGUGCCUCCUUGGCAGACGGAAGCCGAGGAGGAGGGAGAGUCGGAGGAGCGGCGACGGGAUGGGUGACUCUAAAGUGAAGGUGGCGGUGCGGGUCCGUCCCAUGAACAGGAGAGAGUUUGAUCUGCAUACAAAAUGUGUGGUGGAUGUGGACACAAACAAGGUUAUUCUUCACCCUGUAAACACCAAUCUUGCAAAGGGAGAUGCCAGAAGCCAGCCAAAGGUGUUUGCUUACGAUCACUGUUUCUGGUCUUUGGAUGAAUCUGUAAAAGAAAAAUAUGCAGGUCAAGAUGUUGUUUUCAAGUGCCUUGGAGAGAAUAUUCUUCAGAAUGCCUUUGAGGGCUACAAUGCAUGUAUCUUUGCCUAUGGACAGACUGGGUCUGGAAAAUCUUACACAAUGAUGGGUACAGCCGACCAGCCUGGAUUAAUCCCAAGACUCUGCAGUGGUCUCUUUGAAAGAGCACAGAAAGAGGAAAACGAAGAACAGAGUUUCAAAGUGGAAGUGUCCUACAUGGAGAUUUACAAUGAGAAAGUUAGAGAUCUCCUUGACCCCAAAGGAAGCCGUCAGUCAUUAAAAGUUAGAGAGCACAACGUCUUUGGUCCUUAUGUAGAUGGACUAUCUAAACUGGCUGUCGCCAGCUACAAGGACAUAGAGUCUUUGAUGUCAGAAGGUAACAAAUCUCGAACAGUGGCUGCAACCAACAUGAAUGAAGAGAGCAGUCGGUCACAUGCAGUCUUCAAGAUCAUCCUCACACACACACUGUAUGAUGUACAAUCAGGGACAUCGGGUGAGAAAGUGGGCAAACUGAGUCUGGUGGACUUAGCGGGCAGCGAAAGGGCAACUAAGACUGGUGCCGCAGGUGACAGGCUGAAGGAAGGAAGCAACAUUAACAAGUCCCUUACAACUCUUGGGCUGGUUAUUUCUGCUCUAGCGGAUCAGGCUGCUGGCAAGAACAAGAACAAAUUUGUUCCAUAUCGUGAUUCUGUGCUCACUUGGUUACUUAAAGACAGCCUUGGUGGUAACAGCAAGACUGCUAUGGUGGCAACAGUCAGCCCAGCAGCAGAUAACUACGAUGAGACCCUUUCCACAUUGAGGUACGCAGACCGGGCGAAGAACAUAGUUAAUCAUGCCGUGGUAAAUGAAGACCCCAAUGCCCGCAUCAUCCGAGAACUCCGAGAGGAGGUGGAGAAGCUCCGAGAACAGCUCACCAAAGCAGAGGCUAUGAAAUCACCAGAAUUAAAGGAUCGGUUGGAGGAAUCUGAGAAAUUGAUCCAGGAAAUGACUGUCACCUGGGAAGAGAAAUUAAGAAAAACAGAGGAGAUAGCACAGGAGCGGCAGAAACAACUGGAAAGUCUUGGCAUAUCUCUUCAGUCUUCUGGAAUCAAAGUUGGGGAUAACAAGUGCUUCCUCGUUAAUUUGAAUGCAGAUCCUGCUCUCAAUGAACUUCUGGUCUACUACUUAAAGGAGCACACAUUAAUAGGGUCAGAUGACUCCCAAGAUAUCCAGUUAUGUGGAAUGGGAAUUCUUCCUGAACAUUGUAUUAUAGAAAUAACCUCAGAAGGACAGGUUAUGCUAACACCUCAGAAAAAUACUAGAACAUUUGUAAAUGGUUCUGCUGUUGUGGGUCCUACCCUGCUACACCAUGGAGACAGAAUACUGUGGGGAAACAACCACUUCUUCAGAUUGAAUUUGCCAAAAAAGAAAAAGAAAUUAGAGCAUGAGGAUGAAGAGCAAGAAAACUCUAUGGGGUGCAGCAACAGUGUCGAGCAGCUAGAUAUAGAUGGAGACAAUUCCAGUGAAGUGUCCAGUGAAAUGAACUUCAGCUAUGAAUAUGCCCAAAUGGAAGUUAUCAUGAAGGCACUCAGUGGCAAUGACCCGAUGCAGUCAAUCUUGCAGAGCGUGGAACAGCAGUACGAAGAGGAGAAGCAAUCCGCACUGGAGCGGCAGAGAUUAAUGUAUGAGCACGAACUAGAGCAGUUGCGAAGGCGGCUGUCUCCAGAGAAACAACACUUCCGCAGCAUGGACAAGUUCUCUCACUCGCCCAGUGCUCAGCAGCGCUUACGCCAGUGGGCAGAAGAGAGAGAAGAAAUGUUGAACCACAGCCUGAGGAAGCUGAGAGAGCAAAUUGUUAAAGCUAAUUUGUAUGUGAGAGAAGCCAGUUUCAUCUCAGAGGAAUUGGACAAGAGCACGGAGUAUAAGGUCACUCUGCAGAUCCCAGCUUCAAGCCUUAAUGCUAACAGAAAGCGAGGUGCAGUUCUCAGUGAGCCUGCUAUUCAGGUGAGAAGGAAAGCGAAAGGCAAACAGAUCUGGUCACUGGAGAAAUUGGAAAACCGGCUGAUAGAUAUGAGAGAACUUUAUCAAGAGUGGCUGGGGUGUGAGAAGGAUGACCCAUUAACCAGGUCUUACUUCAAGCGAGCUGAUCCAUUCUAUGAUGAACAAGAAAACCAUAGUCUCAUCGGAGUGGCCAAUGUUUUUCUUGAGUCCCUGUCUUAUGAUGUGAAGCUGCAAUAUGCUGUCCCUAUCAUCAAUCAGAAGGGAGAGGUGUCAGGUCGUCUUCAUGUUGAAGUGGUACGAGUGAGUGGAGCGAUUGGGGAGAGAAUCGUAGGAGGUGAUGACAGCACAGACUGUUCAAGAGAGAAUGACAUACAGGAGAACAAACUAGUUUGCAUGAUUAAAAUACUUCAGGCUACCGGUUUGCCUCAGCAUCUUUCCAACUUUGUGUUCUGCAAAUACACUUUCUGGGAUCAACUGGAGCCAGUUACGGUUGCCCCUGAGGUGGACCCCUCUUUAUCCCCCAUCAGCAAGGAGCCACAGUGCAUGGUUGUCUUCGAUCACUGCAAUGAGUUUUCUGUAAAUAUUUCUGAAGACUUCAUGGAGUAUCUUUACGAAGGGGCUUUGGCAAUUGAAGUGUACGGGCACAAGCAAAGUGAUCCCCGCAAAAACUCAGCCGUGUGGGAUUUGGGAAUAAUUCAAGCCAAAACCCGAAGCCUUCGUGACAGAUGGAGUGAGGUAACCCGAAAAGUGGAGCUCUGGAUUCAGAUUCUGGAACUUAAUGAGAAUGGGGAAUACUGUCCAGUUGAGGUGAUUCCCGCCAAGGACGUAAACACUGGUGGCAUCUUUCAGCUCAGACAGGGGCAGUCACGGCGAAUCCAGGCUGAAGUGAAGUCGGUACAGGAAUCUGGGACCUUGCCUCUAAUGGAAGAAGCCCUACUAUCUGUUGGAGUUGGCUGUGUUCAAAUAAGGCAUGUCAAGUCACAAAAAGUUCAUGAGACUCAUCAGGAAGGAGAGGAUGAUAUGGACAGUUAUCAGGACAGGGAUUUGGAGAGACUGCGUCGGAAAUGGCUGAACGUAUUGACAAAACGUCAGGAAUACCUAGAUCAACAGCUGCAAAAACUCGACAGCAAACCUGAUAAAACAGAAGAUGAUACAGAUCGGGAGGCACAACUGUUAGAGAUGAGGCUCACCCUUACUGAAGAGAGGAAUGCUGUAAUGGUUCCUUCUGCUGGCAGUGGGAUCCCUGGAGCUCCAGCAGAGUGGACUCCAGUGCCUGGUAUGGAAACCCAUAUUCCAGUUGUUUUCCUUGACUUAAAUGCGGAUGACUUUAGCUCUCAAGAUAACCUUGAUGACCCAGAACCUGGUGGAUGGGAUGCUACUCUCACUGGGGAAGAGGAAGAGGAAUUCUUUGAAUUGCAGAUUGUGAAACACCAUGAGAGUGAGGUGAAAGUAGAAGCCUCCUGGGAUUCCACAGUCCAUAACUGCCUUCAGCUCAGUAAAGGAACAGCAACAGAUGAAAGAGUUUUUCUUAUUGUGAGAGUGACAGUCCAGCUCAGCCACCCUGCAGAAAUGCAGCUAGUGCUACGCAAACGUAUCUGCGUUAAUGUCUACGGGAGACAGGGUUUUGCACAGAGCUUCCUGAGAAGAAUGUCUCACCGAAGUUCCAUUCCUGGCUGUGGAGUCACCUUUGAGAUAGUCUCUAAUAUUCCAGAGGAUGCUCAGGGAGCUGAGGAGCGGGAAGCGCUAGCAAGGAUGGCCGCUAAUGUUGAAAACGCAGCUUCGGCUGACUCAGAAGCCUAUAUUGAAAAGUACCUGCGGAGUGUGCUGGCAGUGGAGAACAUUCUCACCCUGGAUCGUCUUCGCCAGGAGGUUGCGGUGAAAGAGCAGUUAACGGGGAAAGGAAAACUUAACAGGAGGAGUCUGAGCUCUCCCAAUGUCAAUCGGAUAUCUGGAAGCCGUCAAGAUUUAGGUCCCCCGUACAACCUUGGCAGUCAAAAGGGUCGAUGGGAGAGCCAGCAAGAUGUAUCCCAAAUUUCAACACAUUCUGGUAGUGGGAUGACCCCGUCUGAUACAUCUUUGUCAGGCUCUCCUCAGCAAAACCAUUCUAAUGAUCCAGGACUCAGUAGCCUGGCUGCCUCCUACCUGAAUCCAGUAAAAUCCUUCGUGCCUCAGAUGCCAAAGCUGCUUAAGUCUCUCUUUCCUGCUAGAGAUGAGAAAAAGGGCAGGCAGACCUCUCCUCUUGCCCAGCAGAAAUGCAGCGGUAUGGCACAGGAGAGGAGGGCAGCUAACAAAAUUGUUGUCUUUGACCUUCUGACACAGCCUGUCCCACGAAUUAUGGUUCAGUCUGCCAGCAUUGAUGCCAGUGCUACAAAGUUAAAACAGAUUAACCAAGAAGGGGGGAAAGAACCAUUUGAAAUGGCCAGGCAAGCUACAGAGGCACAAGAAGGGGGGAAAGAACCAUUUGAAAUGGCCAGGCAAGCUACAGAGGCAGAAAAGAACCAAGAAAAGAUGCCCAAAGUGCCUUCACAGCAGCACACCGCAGACAUUCAGGCACAGGACUCCCAAGAGGGCCCUCCAAGUCCCCUGAGUGAAGCCUCAAGUGGUUACUUUUCUCACAGUGUUUCAACAGCGACUCUGUCUGAAGCGCUCACUGCAUGGAAUGAAGCGAUUGUUCAGACAGGUGGUCAAACAUCUGCAGUGAGCAACAUCUCCCCACCCACCCCAGCUGUUCAGGUAACUUCUGCUACUGACAUUUCAAUGCAGACAGAGUGCACUUCAGAGGGCUACCCUGCUGUUAAAAGAGAUAAUCAAGCUGCUUCUGACCUCAGCACUGCCCAUGUGAGACCUAAGGACAGCAGCGACGUGAAUGGUAAUGAGCACCUAAAGUCCAAGUCCUUUGUCUCCCCUGUGACUCAGAGUGAAGAACUAGAUGUUGCCUCUGUAGCCAUUGAUGCGAAAAGCUACGUUUCUACCUCCAUCCCAAAGAAGGAGCUGCUGACCAAACAGCUAAUGGCUUCAACAACUGGAGAGUCAGUGGGACAAGCUGCCAGGAAAAAGGACCACACAAAGCCCGCCUCUACUUCAGAAUCGAGAGCUUCCAAACCUGACCUCUUGUCCCAGCCCAACGCUACAGCCUCUCCAUUCAAAAUCCAAAAAGUCAGGACAUCUGAGCUCAAAUCUUUUACAUGCAUGCUGGGGGGAGAGUCUGGGUGCUCUUCAAGCCCAGAGGAAGAGGAGAGAGAAAAGAACCGGGUGACUGCACAAGGGUUGAGCCAUAAUGGUGCGGAGACAGCUGAUGAAAAACUGGAAGCGGCUUCUGAUUCUGAAGAUGCCAAUGAAAUCCCAGAAUGGCUAAAAGAGGGAGAAUAUGUCACUGUUGGCACAAAUAAGACAGGCACAAUUAGAUAUGUUGGCCCAACUGACUUUCAAGAGGGAACAUGGGUUGGUGUGGAACUCGAUUUGCCUUCAGGUAAGAAUGAUGGCUCCAUUGGAGGAAGGCAGUACUUCAAAUGCAACCCAGGCUAUGGGCUCCUUGUGAAACCAAACAGAGUGGGAAAAGCCACCGGAGCAGCAAGACGGCGGAGUGCUGGGCUUAGGUUGCAAGGGGGAGCUACGCCCGAGAACCGGAAGAGCAACAAUUUCUCAGGGUCAGCCUCCAGCCUGACAUCACUGACAGCCCUAGCCAAAAUGGAAGGAUCUGCUCUCCAACCCGAGAAGAUCCAGAAGAAUGCAGAGAACAGGAAAUCUUGGGCUAACUGAACGAGGCUUACAGGCCCCACAAGCUGGUUCGAAAAUAGCUUGUGAAGCUGUCACCGAAGUGGAUGUGCUUGCAACGUUAAACCAACCUGGUAAACUUAGCUCUGGCAAACACUAAAGAAGGAGUUUUUCUCUACUUUUGUUGCUGAUAUGUUAUAUCUUUGCCUUGUCAUGGUGAUGGAUCUGUGUGUUUAGGCUCCUGACACAAAUUGGGACACUUCAUUGUGUGGCUUAUUUCAAAUAGUGAAGGUUGUGGGAGGGGGUUUAAUGGUGCUGCUUUUAAGUCAUUCACAGAAUGAACUGCCAGAUCAGUGAUUCAAAGUAUUGUAUGAGUUUCCAGCAGCUGCGAAAAAUUAACUGGAGCGAUUUCCCAACCCACAACAUCUAUACUUCCUUAAACAUGGUUGGCAGUUCUGUAAACAUCAAAAUACAGCAUGCAAGGCUCCAUCCUUUUGGAAAAGCUGUGUCUGUAUCAGGCAAUAAUGAGAAACGGAUACAGUUGUAAAGAAGAAAGAAGUUAUAUUGCGAAGGAAACAGAACAAAAAUAAUUAACUUGGUUACAUGACCUGGAACCAGUGCCUAUCUUGAAUAAUGUUCGUGUCUUUCUACUCUUAUUGAAAUCAAUGGGAUUCUACCCUAUCAGUGGCUUUUGAUCCCUGUUUUUUAAAGGCAUAUUCAAAUUUAGUUAACCCACUAAAUAGAUUGUAGUUAUUUUAACAGGACAUAGAAUCUGUUCACCUUCCUUUCCUCCCUGGACACAGGGGAAUAUUGCUCUCGUUGUUUCUUUAGUUUGUCUUCAGGAUUUUUGCAAAGAUAUCAGCGUUCUCUAAAGUGCUACAGUAUUUAUAACAGCUUUUUCCAGUUCCGUCUGUACUGCCUGUUGGUGACGUACUCACAAAGAAAGAUGUGGGCACCAUGCACAACCUUCACUGGCAUUUGCAUUUUACCAGAUUGCGUAAAGUGAAGGCUUGUUGUUCCCCUACUGAAUGAUCCAGUUGUAUUUAUUUUUAUUUAUUGUUUUAAAAAAUAUGAAAUAUUUGCGCUUCACAAUCGCCCACUGCCUGCCAUUGCACAGAGGCGCUCUAUUUAGCGUCAUACUGAAUAGCCUCCCUUUUGGAAAGGCUCCUGCCUACCCAGCAAAACCCUCUUGAGAUUGCUCCUAAAAUCACUUUAUUGGAACGGUUGCACAUUCUUCCUCAAAACUAACAUUUUUCUGGAGGGUGGGAGAACUGGGCUGGCUUUUGUUGUUUUUAAACUUGAUUUUAUCUUUGGUGACCUUCACUCGUUUUUAAUUUCCUGUGGCAUAUAUAGAUAUUUUCUAACAAAUUACGUAAAGAAAAAAGUAAGACUUAAUUGUACAGUAUAUACAGAGCUUCUUAUACUUUGUUUAGUAAAUAGUGAGGGACUAGAAAUUUUGAGUAAUAGAUGUUUAUAAUCUAUGUGAGGAACAUUCAGGAUGCUAAAUUAAUGGUUAAAACUUAAUAUGUAUCCAGCCUCUCUCAUGCUGCACAGAUGUGUCUAAGUGCCUUAGCCAUCUGGUUCAGGUAUCCAAGGGAAACAUACAUUGUCAUCAAAGUAAACUUUAAAGGAGGUAGGGACGCUUAGUGCAGGAGAUAAUUAUGCUGAUUGACUGUAAUUAAUAUCAAUUUAUGCAGAAGGAAUAAAAAUUAAAAUAGAAACUAAUCAGUAGUUGGAAUAAAAUUUGGAAUGGGUCAGAAUACAGCAUUCUAAAUGUUGCCAGGCAUUAGUACAUUCCUAUCAGCAUUGUAUAGUUCUGCUCUUUUCUAAGUUUUUGUAAAGGAAUUUAAAUGUACAGGCAGAUUUUUAAGAUUUUCAUAAAUGUACAACUUUUUUUCUUCCCCUGCACAAAGCUGCAACACGGGUUGUCAGAGAGGGGUUUGCCACCCACUAGACUAGUGUUGGAAAGCUUUUUCUAUGUCUCUCCUUUCAAGCCUGAAAACAUGGGGAAAUUAGCAACAAAGACUGGAGAAGCUAAAUCCUGUAUUUAAUUUUAGGAAUAACUGUUUUUCAUAAACACGUGACCUGCAACAAUAACAUAAUUUAUUUUAUUAAUCAGUUUUAUAAUACUCUGCAAUGAGAUAGUACACUCUAACCAAUGUAACUUCUCAUAAUAUUGCCUGGCAUUAUAAAACUCUCUAAAAUCAUUUUUUCCAAAUGAGCUUCACUUUUAUUCUUCCAAUAUGGGUACAGAUGGCUGGCUACCGUGAAGCAUCUUCUUGAUUUAGCUUUUAUUAAUCUCAUCAUUUCAUUUAUUGAAUUUGGGAAAAUCCUAACUUGUCCUUUUUAUUGGUCCCUUAUUUGGAGCAUACAGUGUUGUGAAUGGUAGAGCCAUGUUUUCUAUUAACCCUCUAUUAAUUCCCUUUUCUCUUGCCCCAUCAUAUAUUACCGACACGGUCUGUCUCUGUGAAGAUUUUAUAUGUUAAAUGAUUGAUCUUCAUAGAUUUGAUCCAGUGCUUUCACUAGUAUUUGGGGACCAAGCAAAGGGAAGCUGGGUGAAUAUUUCAUUAUUUAUUUUACCUAGUAUGCAUUCCUUUUUGGCCACGUUCACAUUGUGAUUCUGAUUGUGUAAACACUUUAGCUUGUGAGUGACAUUACUGAAGUGUUUGAAGGAUCAAGAUCUAGGGUAGAAACUCUGCCACCCACUAGAGCUUUGGCCUGGUAACCCUAACCUGUAUGAACAGGAUAUUUUUCCUAAUCGUGUUACAAAACUAUGCUACAAAAUAUCAGUAGGGUUAUACAAUAGCAGAAAUUGUGCUAGUACAGUGUGCUUUAAACAUAGCUGUUGCUAGCAUAUAUUCAGCCUACUUUGGAGAAGGCCUUACACCAGUUUUAGGAAUGCCCAGAGAGCUCUCCUCAGCAGUUCAUCUUGAAUAAGGAAGCUGUGUUUUAGUGACAGAACUCUCACACUUCAGUAGAUGGUUAGGAUGAAAUUCUGGCUCCAUUGAAGUCAAUAGUCUAACAUCCAUUGACUUCAGUGGACCCAGGAUUUCACCCAUUGAUUUUUUUUGUAUAUAGAUAGAUAGAUAUAGAUCUAUCUUCACCACACUGAUGUUUGAAUUGUUCAAUUCCACUCCAGUCCCUACCCCCCAAAAAUUUAAUCCAGAUGAACUUUUUCCUACCCAGAUCAUUUUCAUCUUACAACUGCUGGUUAUAAGCUCUUUUAAAAAAAAAAAAAAUCAAGGAGAGGAUCUUACCAGAAGCUCUCAAACUCCAUUAUCCUCCUCCUGUUGACAUUCCUCAAGCAGACUUUGUCCUAAUGUUAGUUCCUAAAUCUCAUUAUAGUUUUUUACUCAAAGGAGUUUGAGGUCAGUGCUCUGUCCACCCUCACGUUGGCCAAGCAUACCCUAAAAAAAUCAUGAAAGCAAUACAAAAACCUUAUUAAAUUGUGCUGGAACAAUUCGUAGUUGAGGCUGGUUGCAUUAAAUAACUUUAUGCACAUUUUUCGCAAGACUUUCAUGCACUUUACACAGGAAAAAAGGUAUGGCUCCUGCAUUAAACAUCUGUAGCAAAUAUUUGCUGUAAUGUCUCUGCUACAUUUUUAAGUUUUCUUUUUAAGUUCAAUAGGUCUGUUUUGAAUGAUUCUGGGUUUCUAGAAAUCGUAAAGCAUAUUUAAGAUUUCAGAGAGAAUAGAAAAUGUAAUGGUCUAAAUGUGUGGUAACCACUAGAUAAAUCCUUUUAUUUGCACAUGGUACAAUGUUUUAUGCGGUUGAAAUGUGUUGUUUUUGUCCCAAUUCAGCCAUAAGAAUCCUUGUGUUUUUUAAAACAAAGCCAAGACUUUCUACUGUGUUAUUUAGAAGAUAUCAGAGCUCAGCUGUCCCAUGGUGUCUUGACCUUUUCCUUGUUGAAAUAUCACCUUCGGCUUCUUGAGCGCCUUGAUUCACACUAAUUGUAAUACAUGUUCUGUUAGUGGGAAAGUGAAUGAAGAUAAGUUUGUGUUCAGUAGUGUAGCCACAGAGUCCUUAAGAGCAGGUAGAAUUUGUCAGUGACUCAGAACUGGGUUGAAUCCCAUUCUUUACCUGCUGCUCAUCAGGAAACAAAUGCACUCAGUCGCUGACUUUAAAAUGUUCAUCAUCUUUUUCUUUUGUGUUCUGUAUGAAUCAAGAAUCCAGCUUGGGUUAUUACAUAUCAGACAGGCAAAUUUAUAUGAAAUUAAAACUUUCUGUGUGAUGGGUUCAUUGGGGGCUGGGAAAAGCUUCCAUGGGAUCUUGUGUUGCCAUUACACUGGUACUGUUAGUUCUUUGCACAAAAUAUAUAUUUAAACAGUGCCUUAUCUUUGCGUCAGACUUUACCCAAUCCAAUGGAGGGGACUAGUUUUAUACUAGCCUGAAGCAUUUGUGUGUAGCUUUUCAGUAAUUUAAAAUGAUAGUUUAAAGUAAAUGUGUAGGUGAUUCACACUAUAGGAUUCAAACGGCUUGAUCAGCUGUGAUUACAAACAACAAGUGUCUUGCUCCAUUCUGUUUUUUCCUUAUUCAUCUUUUUGUUCUCUAAACUUCCGCUCCUACUACAUGCAUUGGGUUCUGCUGUCCACCUUGCUCAAACCCACACACCCCACCAAAGAAAACCUCAGAUAUCAUUAAUGACUGACUAAAUACAAGCUGAUUGGAGCCAGUGACACACAUACAACUUCCUUCUGUGCUUUGGGGUGACUUUGACGCUAGCAGCUACCCACUCCUAAUUUCUCACUUGUAGAGUCACUGAGUCUGAUUCUAGCAGCUGCUACCUGUUCAGACCACAAAAUCAUUGAGAGGGUCUGAUCUGAGUCUGGUGCUGGAUCAUCCAACACUGCGUGCCAGUUGGGUCUCUGACAUCACAGCCAUGCACCAACUUCCACUGGUGCAUAGCUGAGACCUCCUCUCUAAGGCCAUGUCUAUACUAGGAACACUUUGCCUGAAUAAGUCUACUGGUCUGCUGUCUUGGCAAAGUGCUCCUAGCGUGGACAACGUCUGCUCUCCCUGAGCAGAACAAGCUAUACUAGCAUGAGCCCAGAAUUGGCAGUGUAACUGCAUCUGUACUAAGGGCUUUUGCCAGCACAGCUAUGUUGAUCGAGGGUCAACAUAACUAGACUUCUGCUGUUGUAGCCGUCACCUCAGAGUACUCCCUGCACCCAUCAUGUUAAACAGAUGAAGAAAAUAUACUGGGGUAAACUGGAUCGCUGAGACAGGUAAGGGGGAGAGGGAGUUGAAGCACCUGUGGGAAGUGAAAAGAGAUUGGGAUGUUGGAGGAGGUGUGUUAAGUGUAAGGGUAUGUCUACUCUACCCGCCAGAUCGGCGGGCAGCGAUCGAUCCAGCGGGGGUUGAUUUAUCGCGUCUAGUCUAGACGCGAUAAAUCAACCCCCAAGCACUCUCCUAUUGACUCCUGUACUCCACCUCCGCGAGUGGUGCAGGCAGAGUCGACGGGGGAGUGGCAGCAGUCAGCUCACCAAGGUGAAGACACCGCGGUGAGUAGAUCUAAGUACGUCGACUUCAGCUACAUUAUUCGCGUAACUUAGAUCUAUUCUUUCUCUCGCCCCCCCUCCCCCAGUGUAGACGAAGCCUAAGCCACUCACUUCCUUGCCUCCUUCCCCCACAAGUGCCAAGCUGCUCUUUCAGCCUCUAGGCCUUGUGACUAAAGUUGCUGUCAACUCCCAUCCUAUUCUGGCUUAAGACUCCAUUAGUACCUGUUUAAAUAUUCCAAAUCUAGCUCUUAUAAUGAAGUGGAUGAAAGUGGCUGUUGGGCCACAAACUGCUGAAAGGGCAGGGAUGGAGAGGGCUCCCCAUGACUAGGGGAAACCUGGAAAAAAUACUAGAAAUAUCCGAAUAGUAGGGAAAGUUCAUUUUACAGCCACUUCCCCACUAUUUUCUCUUAUCCUUUGAUUGGUGGCAUUUUUUUUCCUUAAUAGAAUACAUUGUAUGACACCCCCUUCCCACUGCUGACUUUUAAGGAGUUAACACAUGCAUCUUACUCUCAGCAAUAACGGUUAGGUUAUGAAUUAGUGGGCUACUGCUACACUUCAAGGGUGGCUGACGACCUUCUGUCUUCAGUAUGGUUUCAGUCCUGUCCUUCCAACACACUCAAGGCAUUUGCCAGUAGCUGACUAAUGUAAACCAUGGUGUGGCUUGUUACAGUCAAAGUACCUUUUGCUUUAUCAUCAACACUAACCUUUGAAAUGUCUUGGGAGAGCCUUUUGAAAUUUGUCUUUGUUGAUUUUUGUAAAUGCAGUGUGUCUGUAUAUAAAGAGUGGCUAUUUAGACCGUGGAUUAAGUGUUGAUCGAUAUACUUUAAAUGAGCUGAAAUCCAAAGAUACUUUGUAAUGAACUGUAAAGUUUUUAAUUGUGUUGUAUAAUACUAAAUGACUGUAAUGUUGUAUCACACAUGCAAUGCGACCUGCAGUAUCUAAAUAAACACCUCUAGAGCUGA